GGAAAUAUUAUUUCUGGAUUAAUUCAACCUCCUCCACCCAAAGACCAGCGGGACCAGAACCCAUACAGCAACACCCAGCUCCCUACGCCUAAAGAAGCCUCACCGCUUCUCCCACUUAGUGACCGACUCCGGAGUUUCCAGAUGGAUUCCCCGAAAGCAGGCGCCUUCCGGGAGAUUCCUGGCCGGACACCAGUCCACGGAAACCUGCCGCGUCCCACCUCGCCCCACCCCCCUCGUCCUCCGUGGAUUCUAGGAGAACGCACCUUCCUUCUGCGAUUGAAGAACUUGCCGAGGUUUCUUCUCCACCUCACAGCUCCUGGCGGCCUGGAACCAGCGAGUCCCCUCGGGGCCGCCUCGACGCCAGGCGUCCCCGCCGCUGGUAAACCGGGCAGAAUCCUGGCCGCAGCCCCGCGGGCCUCUGAGAGGUGAAGUGAGAGCCGAGUUUGCAGUCUUCAACAACUGGGAACUAGAAGGUUCACUCAAGUCAAUCGGUCGUUGUAAAUUCCAGCCACGAAAAUAAAGCCUGUUAUCACAACAGUGGCCAAAUUAUAAAUUCCAGAUUGGAUACCUAAGGUGGUUUGAGAGCAGGGAGGAAGAAGGGAGGACCAAGGCUUUCCCAAAAAUGAAGAGAUGCUGAGUUCACAGCAAAUCGCUUAAUUAAAGCAUGGAAUAUGGAAAACAGCAGAAAAACAUCUCAUCUGAUUUAGUCUCAUCUGAAAUUCUGUAGCUCCAUACCCACUGUAGGGCUUGAACUCAGGACCCUGAGAUCAGGAGUCACAUGCUCUACCAACUGAAACAGCCAGGCUUCCCAGGAGAUUGAGAUUUUCUUGAUGUUCUAAGGCAUGUGUCUUAUAAGCAGUAUAAUGGCAGAAUUUUAAGCCAAUUUGAGAGUCUCUUAUCUUUUAGUAGAAAUUUCAAACAUUAUUUUUGACUGCUGCAGACUACUGAAUAUCCAGUUGAUGAAAUUGAAGGUCUUUUACCCAGAAGAAAUAAAUCAAGAAGUAGGACCUGAGGCUCACGUGCUUCUGAGCUGCUGUGGAUGGCCCUCUCUCUCUUGACCACCCUUCCGAGUAGGAUGUCACUGAGAUCCCUCAAAUGGAGCCUCCUCCUGCUGUCACUCCUGAGUUUCCUUGUGAUGUGGUACCUCAGCCUGCCCCACUACAAUGUAAUAGAACGUGUAAACUGGAUGUACUUCUAUGAGUAUGAGCCAAUUUACAGACAAGACUUUCGCUUCACACUUCGAGAGCAUUCAAACUGCUCUCAUCAGAACCCAUUUCUUGUCAUCCUGGUGACCUCACACCCUUCAGAUGUGAAAGCCAGACAGGCCAUUAGAGUUACUUGGGGUGAAAAAAAGUCUUGGUGGGGAUAUGAAGUUCUUACAUUUUUCUUAUUAGGCCAACAGGCUGAAAAGGAAGACAAAAUGUUAGCAUUGUCCUUAGAGGAUGAACACCUUCUUUAUGGUGACAUAAUACGACAGGAUUUUUUAGACACAUAUAAUAAUCUGACCUUGAAAACAAUUAUGGCAUUCAGGUGGGUAACUGAGUUUUGCCCCAAUGCCAAGUACAUCAUGAAGACAGACACUGAUGUUUUCAUCAAUACUGGCAAUUUAGUGAAGUAUCUUUUAAAUGUAAACCACUCAGAGAAGUUUUUCACAGGUUAUCCUUUGAUUGAUAACUAUUCCUAUAGAGGAUUUUAUCAAAAAGCCCAUAUUUCAUACCAGGAGUAUCCCUUCAAGGUGUUUCCUCCAUACUGCAGUGGGUUGGGUUAUAUAAUGUCCAUAGAUUUGGUGCCAAGAAUCUAUGAAAUGAUGAGUCAUGUAAAACCCAUCAAGUUUGAAGAUGUUUAUGUUGGGAUCUGUUUGAACUUAUUAAAAGUAGACAUCCAUAUUCCAGAAGACACCAACCUUUUCUUUUUGUAUAGGAUCCAUUUGGAUGUCUGUCAACUCAGACGUGUGAUUGCAGCCCAUGGCUUUUCUUCGAAGGAAAUUAUCACAUUUUGGCAGGUUAUGCUAAGGAAUACCACAUGCCAUUAUUAAUUUGACUAAAGCCUAGAGAAAGACAGGGUAUUCUGUGGAAAGUAUUAAAAUGACUAAAAUCUCCAAUGGCAAACUCAUGGGAAGGUCACUGUGUUGACUUAACACUGAACUGAGGCUCAUGAAGUGCCCACGGACUAGGGACUGGAGGGUUACACUCGUGGUUUAUUUAGACAGAAAUCAAGUCUGGCCCUUAGAAGGUGAUAAUAAGAGGAAUUACAUGUCUUAUAAAGGAAGCGGAGAUUUUUGUUAAUAAAAUUAAUAGGACCAAACUAUCUGAACAUGCCAUUCUAGAAACUAGAACUUGUGAAAAGGGUUUCAUUGAAUUAUAAGCUCAUUAGUCCAUAACAAAGAGCAACGUGGAGUUCUAUUCAUCGAACAGUCUAGUCAGGUAAGGGUUUUGUGUAUAUCUUACGUGGAUUACCAGUUUUUCAAAAUAUAUAGUUCUGUGUAAAAAAACUAAAAUUAUACUAAGCAAAAUUUCAUCCAUUCUGGUCAUUCAGAAAGUACUUUAAGAUGUUACAGCAUUUCACAGUUAUGAACUGUUAUGAAUUACUGUUUAAUAUUACUUAGGACUUUCUGGUGUUUGAGUGUUAUGGUCAUUUCAAUACUGUAUAAAGAUAAUAGUAAAUCACCCUUUACAUUUGAACUUUUUUCCAGUUACUUCACUGAUGAGUUUAUUUAAUGUAAAGUCAUUGGUCAUUAUAGCAUAUCGGUAAUCUCUUGGACUUUGAUAAAUGUUUUACCAUGGUAAUGUAGAGAAGAAUUAAAACAAGAUCUGAAUUAU